GCCGAACAGAGUAGCGUCCGAGGUACCAUCAAUUACAGCUGAACCUUCCAGCCGCCUGCCUGCCUGCUCAACCUUCCGUCAUCAAAAUCCAAACUGCGUGUCCUUUUCCCUUUCCUCAUCCAUUCUAUGGCCUCCUUUUUAUCCUUAUUGCGUUCGUGAUGCCUCCUCGAAAGAGGCAACGCCCCAAUCCUGCCACUCUGAGCUCGUCGAGCUUGCCAACCACGGCUCUGUCGCCCGAGACGUCACUGUCAUUGGCGUCAUCUGCCUCGGCGCAGCAAGCUAGCGACCAGAAAAGGCCUCCACAGCCUGGAUCCAGUAGCGAUCACAAGCCUUCGGAUGCGUCACUUCGGGUAAAAGAGGUUCGGAAAACCAACAGCUGGUACGCAACGUGGGCGAAGCCCGCAAAGGCCACAGCCUCUACGUCGAUCGCUCGGGAGAACAUUUUGGGAGACACUGUUAGAUCCAGGAACGCGCCCGAUUUCUCUCGAUUUGACACGAAGCGAAGCGAAGACGACACGCAUAUCCCCGAUAGCACCGACUCAGCUGCGCCGCCUGCAUCAUUUUCGUCCAAGUCGCGCAGUUCAUCUACCAACAAGAAAACAGAAGAGAACAAGCCAGCAGAUCCUUUACAUACCGGAGGGAAAGAUCUUAGGGCUUCGGGACCUGCUCCGGAAAUGCCCCCGAUUCCUAAAGCAAAGCCGGCUAGUGAGCAGCAGCAAACCCCGGAGCCCCAGCCCUCUCAGGAGCCCCAACCUGGGCUGGAGGUUUCUACAGGCGAAGGUGCACAAACAGCCGAUGCUCCAGAUGCUUCACAGGGACAAGCGGCCACAGCAGGGUGGUUCGGCUGGUGGGCUAGAGCUCCACCUGCCGAACCUCCUGCCCAACCUGCACCAAAUCCCCAAACGAUAAAAAAAGAAGAAGAACAAGCUUCCGAGCCCAUCAAAGCUGUCGAGCCAGCUGAAUCGGCACCACCUGAGCAAGCGCCCGCUUCGGAGCCUCCAUCUGCCGAGAGUGCUACAGAUGGUCCAAAGACGACCUCUUGGUUUGGCUUUUGGUAUGGCACUCCUCAACCAGAAGCGAAAGCAGCUUCAGCGGUUGAGCCAGACGCAUCCAAAGAACAACCGGCAGGUCAAGACACAGAAGCAUCUUCGAAACACGAAACCGCCGCAAAAUCAACAGCUCCAUCAGGCAAAAUGACCCCGCUCAAGAAUGAACCCUCAAAAGGCUCAGCUGCUACCGUAUCGCGAUCCUCAAGCAAAAAGUCAAAGAUCGAAGAAGAGUCAGCAGCCAAGGCCGAAGAUGUGCCAACAAAAGAUGUCCCUCCGCCUGAAGCGCCGCCGGCACAGAGCCCUCCCCCCAAGGCCGGCUCCACCUGGGCUUUCUGGUCCAGAGAGCCCUCGAAAAGUAAGGAGAAGACGCCACUACCAGAAUCAGGGCAAAUUGCGGUCAUCGGUGAAGGAUCAGAGGUCCAGCCAGCGCCCAUGGCGGAAAGAACUAUUUCGGAUGCGCCGGCCAAAGAUCCAAAAGAUACUACGUUGGCACCGGAGCCACCAGCAGGCGUAUUGUCGUGGCGUAGGAGCAAACGUAUACGGCCCAUAUCGAUGGAUCUUGAUAUUCAGCGGCCACCAUCCGCAGACAGUACAAAAUCAGCUCCUGUAGAACGGAGCUUUGCCACCUCUUCUACAAAUGCAGGCGCCGAACAAGAGCUGCCCGCUUCAAAAUCACUAGCCAGGACCGACUCCAAGAAGAAGAAACAGGCGCCUUCAACGAAAGCGGCUCCUGAGAGCGAGUUGGCCGUAAAAGAACCGCCCAAUGUGUUACUCCCGUCGUUUUCUAGCACAUACCAGAUGAAGGAGAAUCCGUCUAUCCUGCGACAAAUUACGAAUCUCGUGUUACGAACCUCGCAGCAACCUCCAAAUCAUGUCUUCCGAGUCAAAGACACCCCAAAGAUCCGCAAGGCAAUUGCUAUUGGAGUUCAUGGUUUCUUUCCUGCGACAUACUUACGUCCUAUGAUAGGCCAGCCCACAGGAACCUCUCUCCGAUUUGCAAAUCUAUGUGCCGAGGCUAUUCGCAGAUGGACCGAUAAUCAUGGCAGCCCCAAGUGCGAAAUUGAGAAAGUUGCCCUCGAAGGAGAAGGCAGAAUUAACGAUAGAGUAGCAAACCUGUGGAAGCUCCUACUAAACUGGAUUGAGCAGAUUCGCCAGGCCGAUCUAGUCAUCAUUGCCUGCCACUCCCAAGGAGUGCCAGUCAGCAUCAUGCUGUUGGAGAAGCUGAUUGACCUGGGCGUGCUAACAGACACCAGAGUUGGCGUCUGUGCCAUGGCUGGCGUUGCCCUUGGCCCUUUUCCAGACUACAAAUCUAGCAUCCUUAUGGGUUCAGUAGCAGAGCUGUGGGAGUUUGGAGACCCUCACAGCGCCAACUCAAAAAGGUUCGAAGCCUGCCUUAAACGGGUAGUCGAUUAUGGAGCUCGUGUUACGUUUGUGGGCAGUAUCGAUGACCAGGUCGUUCCCAUGGAGUCCGCUGUAUACUCGCCUGCAAACCACCCUUACAUCUACCGUGCCGUCUUCAUCGAUGGUCGGGUGCAUGCUCCAGAUUUCAUUUCCCAUCUAAUUGGAUUCGCGCUCAAACUUCGCAAUCUGGGCAUAUCAGAUCACGGCCUUAUUCGUGAACUCUCCGUUGCUCUUGCCGGGUCACUCUACUCUGGCGAAGGCCACUCACGCUUGUAUUACGACGCAGCCGUAUAUGACCUCGCCAUCAUGCAUGCUUUAGAGACGACUAGCACGGCACAACCCACGCCUUGUGAGAUUCCAAAGCGAGACACAACACCUCUAGCAUCAUCGAAUCCCUAUGUCUUGCCAUGGAUCAUGCGUGGUCUUUUGGAAGAGGAUUUUGUCAAAACGCAGCUUAGUGCUGAAACGGAGGAGCUGCUAAAACAAUUUGACGACUGGAAGCCAACGAAUAAAGCGCUCAAAGACGUAAAGUAUCGCCUUGAGGUUGUUCGUUCCAAACUAUAAGCGUAGACGAUCGAUACCCCCCUGUUUAUCUUACCAUUUAAUGUCGCAUUUACGGCGCUUCUUUCAACGCCUCCCAACAUGAUUUUAAUACAAUUUUAGCACGCUGUACGCGCAAGCGACAAAAGAAGUGCAUCAGUUUUUUUGAAGAUUAGCGAAAUAGCAUGGUUAAUUACGGAUUCUGAGUUCUAGAGUGAGAUUUACUUAAAUCUUUCUGAAUUAUACAUAGAUACGUUGUAGAGAGGCGAAAUGGGAAUCAUUUGAUUGUGUAAGUAUUUCAAUGAAAGUGGUCGAGAAUGAUUUGAUGUGCUGUGACUUGAAUUUCUUCCAUCU